AUGGAGUUUCUUGAAAGAACUUACCUUGUGAAUGACAAAACCACCAAGAUGUAUGCCUUCACACUAGACAGCAUGGAACUUCGACAGAAGCCCCUGAAUAAAGAUCAGUGUCUCGGGGAGAGGCCAGAGUCGCUGCAGACAGGGGCUCUUUAUCACUGCCACAGCAACUUCAGGGCUGCCGAGAACAGGGCGAAGGAGCAGGCCCACGCCAAGUGGAAGCUCUGCACAGCUUCGGCAAUUUGCUUCAUUUUCAUGAUUGCAGAAGUUGUGGGUGGACACCUUGCUGGGAGUCUUGCUGUCGUCACAGAUGCUGCUCACCUCUUGAUCGACCUGACCAGUUUCGUGCUCAGUCUCUUCUCCUUGUGGUUGUCAUCCAGGCCCUGCUCCAAACGGCUGACCUUCGGAUGGCACCGGAUAGAAAUCCUCGGUGCCCUGCUGUCCAUCCUGUGCAUCUGGGUGGUGACUGGUGUGCUGGUCUACCUGGCGUGUGAGCGCCUGCUGCACCCCGACUACCAGAUCCAGGCAACGGUGAUGAUUGUCGUCUCGGGCUGCGCAGUGGUAGCCAACGUCAUACUAAGUGUCAUUUUGCACCAGAAGUGCCCUGGGCACAGUCACACGGAGGCUCAAGCUAAUGCCAGUGUCAGAGCAGCUUUUGUGCAUGCCCUUGGAGAUCUGUUCCAGAGUGUCAGUGUGCUGACCAGCGCGCUUAUUAUCUACUUUAAGCCAGACUACAAAAUCGCGGACCCAAUCUGCACAUUUGUUUUUUCCAUCCUGGUUUUGGCCAGCACCAUCACUAUCUUAAAGGACCUCUUCGUCCUGCUUAUGGAAGGUGUGCCAAAGGGCUUGCAUUACGAUGCUGUCAAAGAGCUUCUCUUAGCAGUUGACGGGGUGGUAUCUGUACAUAGCCUGCAUGUCUGGUCUCUAACAAUGAACCAAAUGAUUCUCUCGGCUCAUGUUGUUACAGCAGCCGGCCGGGAUGGCCAUGUGGUUCGGGGAGAGAUCGCCAGACUCCUAAGCAGUAGUUUUGCCAUCCACUCUCUCACCCUUCAGAUGGAAUCUCCAGCCGACCAAGACCCUGAUUGCCUUUUCUGUGAAGACCCCCGGAACUAG